UUUCCUGAGCUUUCAAUUAUAUUUUAGUAGAAAUAUUAUGAGGAAAGGAAUUAUGAAAUAUCAACAAACAAUGCCCGAUUCAGUCAUUUUCCUUCGAAAGAUAUGCAAUAAUCCUUUGAUGAGGAGAUCUAUCCCCUCAGGAUAUGUAUUAUUCUUAGUUCAAUAGUUUAUACCGCUUCUCUCCAUUCUGAAUUAGCUAUUACUUGUUGCUGCAAUCAACAAGGAAUCAACAGUAACAUAAAUAAUUGACAUUAUCGUCGUUUUGCAUUGACAAUGAUAUCUCUCCCGUUUGCUUCGAUGGCAUCUCUUUCUUAAUAUCAUGCCCAGUAUUGCCCGUUGGCAUAUUGUGUAUUCUAUUAAAUCAGCUGUUAUAAUUAUUUGUAUCACUCAUCCUCGGGCAUCUCUUGUUUCUAAACCUUGUUUCUGUUUGUAAACCGAGUCUGUCGAAGACGCCUCAAAUAUAUAAUUAUUUAUAUCACUCAUCCUCGGGCGUCUCUUGUUUCUGUUUGUAAACCGAGUCUAUCGAAGACGUCUCAAAUAUCCAAUUCUUAUCGAAGCGUGUAAACGUGGAUUCCUUCCAUUUUCGUGAAUUUUACUGAGAUUUGCUACUGCUAUUACGUUGAGCGUAUUAAAUAUUGUAUGUAAUAAUCAUUUACAUGUCAUUUCGAUUAAAAAAUUAUCGAUAUCAGUAAUGACGAGUAGUGCGCGCCUGGACGGAAACCUUCACCGGAAACUUUCGACGAGCGACCGUCAUCGAGUGGACGGAAACUUUCGUGUUGCGACGCGCAGCCACAGAGCAACGUGGCGUGUUGGCAGCACACGACCACACCGUAAUCCGUGGGUCGCGAAUCUAAUCCGCUUUUGGUGCUGCCGGAGGCGCGAUAAUGCACAGGAGUUGUCCAGGCGAACGCAAAGCUGCGCGGUACCUCUCAACGACAGGAACGGCCGUUACACGGCAUUAAAUCACGGGUCGAAAUCUGUCAGCGAGGAUGGGGUUGAGUACAUGGAAAUGGAGAAGAGAUCCCGCGAUCGUGCUUUAUCAAUCUGCCGAGACUAUAUAGAGAAAACGCCACGUUUUAUGCUCAUCAAGCAGCUCAAUAACAUCGGAUCGAGAGUAGAUAAAUACUGGUUCAUGGUGAGGGACACAUCGCUGAAGACGGACAGAUUAUUAACUUUGGUACCAUUGAAUCGAAAUUGUCCGCUAACUGUCUGUCCCUCCACUAAGGACAUCUUGAACAAUCUAUUCCUGGCCUUACAACAUCCCUACAUCUGUCCUGUCUUUCACGUCGAUUUUCUCGAGUAUGAGGACCAAAUGUACAUUGUCCUGGUGCAGCCUAUCAACCAGGGUAGCCUCAAAGACUUAGUAUACGGCAUCGAGCGAAAUUGCUGGAACGAGGAUUGGACUCACAAGUAUGCUGCACGGGGUAAAGGACUUACACUACCACAAGUGCAACGAAUGGGACGGCAGAUAUUGGAAGCGCUGAUAUUUCUGAAAGAACGAGGAUUUCCUACGGUGACUCAUCUCCAUUCGGGUAAUGUGGUGAUUCAGAACGGUGUCGCCAGACUGGCUGGUCUGGAGAACACUCUUCUCGGCUUCACUAGUCGCAUACAUCCUAUUGUGACAUCCCGAUUAACGCACGCCACUUCAAUCGAUAUUAUAUGUUUCGGGCAUAUGCUAUUCGAAAUGUGCGCCGGCUACGAAUUAUGUACUUUCAAACCAUCCGCCGUCCAGCUAUCAGACAUCGAAAUGUAUCCGCAGGUCGUAAGGUUUCUCAAUUUAAUAUUCACGGAGUCGGAAAAUCAUUUUACCAGCAUAGAAGAGUUGCUCAUCCAUGAUCUCUUUAGAAAUAUCGAUCUCCGUGAGAUGCGAUGCGCAGCUGUAACUGUAUUUCGUCCGACCUUAACACCCUCCAUAAUGAGCUUGCUCGAUGGCAUUAAACGACAAGACGCCGGAAAAGGAAUUACGAGUAUCAACAACGAAGACGGUAUAUCGCUGAACAGCUUCGACGGAUCCUUACUCACGCAGAUAUACAACGAGCUUUCACAAACAGCUUUAUAACGUGGGAACAAAAUCUUAUAUAUACGUAUAUUUUAUCUCAAAAAACUGCACGUUCCUAUUAUAUUUGCAAAGUGCCAAGGAAACGAUUAUCCUGUUGCUAAAAUCUAUUAUAUUAUGUAUUAUAAUAUAAAGCGCAUGUCACAUAGAAUUUGUACAAUAACGUUGUAAUGAUUUGUGCUUUCUUCGUGUUAGUCGCGCUUAACCGAUACAGAUACCAAAAAAGAAAUUGUCAGCCGUUAAAAAAAAAA